AUGAAUGAACCAAUCCCAAUGAGUUUAAGCCUACCGACACAAACCUACGAUGAUAAUAUCGACGAAGGUGCAGCAGACGGUGAAAACUCUACUAAUCUAUCGACUAUAUGGGGCCGAUUGUUAUCAAUAGAUAAACUGUUUCCAUCCAUUGAUUUAAUAGACCAAGAAUAUACAUUGGGUCGUGGUAAAACAUGUACGAUAGUAUUUAAUUCAUCGGAAGUUCAAACAUCAAAAUAUUUUCUUGCUUACUCAUCACAACAUUUUAAAAUAAUUCGUGAUGCAGCUAAAAAAUAUGUUUAUGUUGUUGAUUUAUCAUCGAAUGGAACGUAUAUAAAUGGAGAAAAACUAGGAAAAAAUAAACAGCAGAUUUUAGAAAAUAAUGCAGAAAUUGCAUUAGCAUCAAAAACUCAUCGGGUCUAUGUUUAUAUCGAUUCAAAUACUAGUGAAGAUGUAUCGAUUCCAGCUGUUAUUAGAGAUAAAUAUAUCGUAUCAAGAGAAAUCGGACGCGGGGCUUAUGGUGAAGUCAGAUUAUGCUUUAAUCGAGACACAUGGGAUCGUUUUGCAAUGAAAAUUAUUGCAAAAAAGCAUUUUACAAAUUUUGGCCCACAAGCCGCUGCAUUUAAUCAAAACAUAAAAAAUGAAUGUUCAAUUUUGCAGGGAUUAUGCCAUCCAUGUAUAAUCCGUAUACAUGAAGUUUUUGAUACACCCAAUACACUUAACAUAAUACUCGACUUAGUUGAUGGCGGAGAAUUAUUUGAUCGUGUAAUUGCACACGGUCAGUUCGAUGAAGCAACAAGUAAAUUUUUAUUUCGACAAAUGUGUAUUGGCGUGAAAUAUUUACAUGAUCGUUCGAUAACACAUCGUGAUUUAAAACCUGAGAAUAUUCUUCUAGCAUCGUCAGACACAAAUGAAACAUUAAUUAAAAUAACUGAUUUUGGUUUAUCGAAAUUGAUUAAUGAAAUAAGUUUAAUGAAAACAUUUUGCGGUACACCAAACUAUAUUGCUCCGGAAGUUUUAGCUAAUCGUGGUGCAGGAAGUUAUACAAACAAAGUCGAUGUUUGGAGUUUAGGUGUUAUUUUAUAUAUUUGUUUAGUUGGUUAUCCACCAUUUAGUGAAUCACCUGAUACCCCUCCAUUAAGUGAACAAAUUCUUAAAGGUCUUUAUACGUUCCCCGAUGAAUUCUGGUCGGAAAUUUCUGCGCCAGCUAAAGAUCUUAUACGUCAAAUGAUGUGUGUUGAUCCAACUAAACGAUUAACAAUAACUAGCGUGCUUGAACAUCCAUGGUUAGCUAAUGAUCAUGAUAAUACUGCUCGAGUAGAUAAAAUAAUGUAUCCGACACUUCAAACUAUGAAAAGUAUGAAACGUGCAGCAUGCGACGAGGAGAUUGAUAUGGACCAAGGAGAUGAGACACCGUCCGCUGAUAUUCAUGCCAAUGGAAAAAACAACAAGCGAAUAAAAUAUUGA